AUGGUAACUGGUACAAAAAAACGAGAUUGUCAAUUCAGAGUGAAAAUGAUGAAUUUGAAGACAGAUGAUGAUUGGAUGGUAAGAGUAGUAUGUGGAAUGCAUAACCAUUCUGUGACAUUAUAUAUGGAGGGUCAUUCAUAUGUCGGUAAGCUUUCUGGUGUAGAAAAUGACAUAUUGAUAAAUAUGUCAAAUAAUUUGGUGAAGCCACGGAGCAUCUUAUACACGUUAAAGAACAAGGAUCCGAAUAACGUGUUCACCAUUAAAACUAUAUACAAUGCACGUCAGAAGUUUCGGACUGCAGAGAAAGCUAACUCAUUAGAACUAUUGCGUGCAUUCCCGCAUGUGUUAUUGAUGGAUGCUACAUACAAAACUAACAGGUUCAGGAUGUCUCUAUUUGAGAUUAUUGGCGCGACUUCAACGAAUAUGACAUUUUGUCACAUGGGUCACUUGAUUGCUUCACUUCAGAAUUGGAUGACAAUGCCAGACAUGAGUCACUUGAUUGUUUCAAGAGAAUAUGUCAUAAUAGGAGAUGAAACAAGCAAAUUAGAGAGUGUGGAUAGUCCGCCGCCGAGGCGUUGA